AGGAUUAUUCAGAAUUGCACGAAUGUCAACAACAAAGUAAAACAUUUAUGAUUUGAGGUUAUAUGGAGGGGUCAGCCCCCCUGGGUAUCUAUAUAGUAAACUUGAUAUGGUGGGGAUUUUCAUAUUUCACUUGACGCUCGUGGGGGACGCAACUUGACAAGCGGAUUUUUGUUUAAAAAGUGCGGUCGAAGUUUUAACCUCUCAGUUAAUCAAAAAUAUACGUUCCUCAUUAACGAAAUACUCGUUAAAUACUGUGUCAAAACAAUGCCCAAAAAAGAGUGAAAUGUGCAGUAGCGGAGUGCAAAACAGGUGAAACUGAUGUACCUGUGAAGAGAGCUUGUUUUAAACUACCACCCCAUUGUUUUAGAGGUUAUGUAAGUGCUGUCAACAUGACUUAUGUACGAGCACAAACCUAAGGUAGUCGCUGUGUGGUCCACGGAGGCAAACAGCUGAUAUACUCGUUGCAUAGAAGAAAUAAUCCAAAAAAAUAAAAACAAACAUUUGUAAAGCAAGCGCUGUGUCUCUUCGUGAUUUAUCAUUCGGCAUUAACUUUCAAAAUUGUUGAACCACAAAAGCAAGUGCAAUAUGUUCAAUUCAUUGAUAUACUUUUUGUUAUUCUAUAACGGUGUACAUGGAUAUACAAUCUUGGGUGAGGAAACAGACCGAGAAAGACGAGAAAAAUACAACUCAAUGGAUUCAAUGAUCGAUAGUUCUCGGAUCAAUUCACUGGAGAAUCUUCUGAGUGAACAAAAUUCAUUCGAAGAUGCAUUGGAGCACUGGACAGGUCGAUGGAUGCCAGAUCAUGAUCCAGAGCCAACAGCUGCUCCAAUAAUUGACUCCGAUCAUUCUUCUAUGCAAAGUGGCGUUGCAAUGGGCCCAUCUCAUAAUUGCGACGACGGACAAACUAAUUUACAGGUAGAUUGGGACCAUUCUCCAGUAAAUUAUACUUGUUAUGGCCAGAAAAUAACUCCAGAUUCAUCAAAUGAUCCUACAGUUUAUUGUGAACAUAUUCCGGAAAAUUAUCAGGCGUUACAUAUUUGCAUGACGAAGACUAUUGAAUAUGAUGAUGUCAUCCCGGUGUAUGGAAAUCAUCGCCCAGUAUGGCCGGUCUACGGUGAAUAUAUAUUUCUUCCAAACCAACGAUGGUUGCACAGCUUGGAGCAUGGUGGACUUGUGAUGCUGUACCACCCGUGUGCAAAUCCCCUGGAAGUGGAACGUCUGAAAGAUUUAGUCAGAAACUGCCUCAGACGUCACGUCAUAACGCCCUACAGUCUCAUGAGUGAGGACCGGCCUUUGGCACUGGUGGCCUGGGGAUGUCGCCUAGAGAUGUCAUAUGUAAAUCCAAAAAUUGUCCAAGACUUCAUCCGAAGAAAGGCUCUCCGGGGUCCAGAGGCUAUAAGCAGGGACGGCAUCUUCUCGGACGGAAUAAUAAAUAAAUCAAAAAUUGUAACAGACGAAGAUGAUACUACUCUGUGCCCUCAAAAUUAAUGUCAUUAGUGUGCAAUUUUCAAAACUUGAUUCUUUCGAGAUUCUGAAUUUUCAAAAUUGAAUUUCUCUUCCACAUUGGUCAGAGGGGAAAGGUAACUGCUUGUUUGGGAGAAAUUUUAUGGAUUCCUAAAAAGUUCCUUGGAUUUUUUUCUCGAAACUUCAUAGUUUGAAGCCAUUUGCCAAUUAAUCUCCAUGAAGUUUUUGCACUAGAACUGGCAAGUUCUACACAAGUUUCCGGCUUGUCUCAAUUGACCACUCCAUCGCGUCAUUUGAAACAAUGAUUUUCUCUUCCCACAGUAUUUUAUAAUUCUGUACAAUUCAACAUAUGGCAUUUCGUUUAUUCGGAUCUCAAUAAUUUAACACGAGUAACUAAGCAUAAUAAUACAUCUUGUCUUAGUUGAUCUAGUGGCCUGUAAUUAUCUCUAUUAUACUUUUCGUUUGUACAGAUAUUUAUUGAUUAUAAAGAAUAAAUAUAUGUAAUCUAUGAAUGAAUUAAAAGCAUUCCUUGAAGGAAACAGUGAAUAAUUCAGACAGGAUAACAACAAAAGACUGUAA